AUGUCUCAAUCUGCUCAAAAAGCCGUUACCCAAAGUGUGAUUCGUCGUUAUUUGAACAAGGAAACGCUAAAAUACGUUUUCACCACGCACUUCUGGGGCCCGGUGUCGAACUUUGGUAUUCCACUAGCUGCGAUUUAUGACUUGAAAAAGGACCCCGAAAUGAUCUCUGGACCAAUGACUACAGCCUUGAUCAUGUAUUCCGGUGUUUUCAUGAAAUUUGCACUCACGGUGCAGCCCAAGAACUUCUUACUAUUCGGCUGUCACGUCGUCAACUCUUUGGCUCAGACGGGCCAGGCAAUGCGGUUUGUAAACUACCAUUAUCUUGGCGGUGCGGAGUCGAAAGCCAAAAAUGAUGCUGUGGCAGAUUCUGCUCCCGCUCCUGCUGUGAAGGAAGAGUGA